AUCUAUGCCCCAGUUAUGGGCCGGUUCGGGCCACCCGGUCCAGUAGAAAUUGACCAGACAGCCGCCGGUGGUAUUCGUCGACGGGAGCGAUGCCCGUCGUCAGUUCAUCAAGUGCGAGUUGAGAGAAUGAGAUCAGUGGCUCCCCAUCCUCAGCUGCCGCCGCUUCUCCGCCCGAAGACCGUCGCCCGCUUCCUCCGCCACCGCCGCCCGUCCGAGCCCCGGUCGCCGCUUCACUACCAGAAGAAUGCCAGCAAGUACUGGGACAGUUUCUACCGGCGCCACCACAACAAGUUCUUCAAGGACAGGCAUUACCUGGAGAAGGAAUGGGACCAGUACUUCUGCUCCGGCGACGGCCACAAGAUCGUUCUAGAGGUGGGCUGUGGCACCGGCAAUACCAUCUUCCCUCUCAUGGCGUCCUACCCGAAGCUCUAUGUCCAUGCCUGUGAUUUCUCACCUCUCGCAAUUUCACUUGUGAAGUCACACAUGGAUUUUCGAGAAAGCCAGGUGAACGCAUUUGUGUGUGAUGUUGCUGAAGAUGUACUCUGUGACGUGAUCCCCCCUUCUUCGGUUGAUGUUGUCACAUUGGUUUUUAUGCUGUCUGCAGUACACCCGGAUAAAAUGCCCCGGAUAUUACAGAAUAUCAGAAAUGCGCUGAAGCCUAAUGGUCACGUGCUAUUCCGGGACUAUGCUGUCGGAGAUUAUGCUCAAGUGAAAUUAGAAAACAAAGACCGGAUGAUCUGCGAGAACUUCUAUUUCCGAGGGGAUGGUACUUGCUCGUUUUACUUCACGGAAGACUUCCUUUCAAACUCAUUACUGGAGGCCGGUUUCGACAUUGUAGAUAUCAGUACAUAUCAGAAGCAAAUUGAGAACCGGUCACGGAAGGUUGCCAUGGACCGGUGUUGGAUUCGUGCUGUUUUCAGUAAAAAUUCCGAAGGCGGCAUUCCUCCUGCUCAAACUUCUUUAGUUGCCAGCAGUCUAUGAACGGCAUGAUUGUGUCCCCGGGGGAUCAACUUACAAGUUCAUAAUACUCUAUUCGAUUCAGAAGAGAUCAGGAGAGACUCUUGCAACAAGUAUUCUUGCCUUUUGGCUAUGCUGCAUAAAGGGUUACUGCGCAUUGUUGUACGAGCUUCUAAUUGUUGGCAUGAGGAAAGUUUCGUUCCUUACAAAUAGGUCGUCACUUCUUUACUCCUCAGGUUAUAUUUAAAGCCAUCUUGUAUGAGAUACUUGCUAAUUCUGAUAAUAUCAAGAUACCUUGUAUCACCUUCAAGUUUAGUUUAAAUUCUUGCGUUAAGGCGGCGGCUUAUAUAAUAAA